GGUUUGUUUCGUUUCCGCUCAGUUGUGACUUGAGUUGUGAUGUAAGUGUUUGCAGUGCUCUUGUUUUUUUUGCAGAGGCAGGUCUGCGAGGUGUCGGGAGAGGUUAAGGUACAGAGGCUGGGUUUGAGGUAGAGAGUCUGACAAGUUGGCAGGGGGUCAGAUUCCUUUCCAUUGAAGCCAGUGAGGGUGACAGCGCAGGGCGGGGCGCCACCGUCAGUCACUUUAUAAUCUCAUCCCCCACAACACAAGGGCUGCUGCUUGAGAGUGAGGAGAGACACACAGCACCAAGAUCAGGAUUUCACCCAGAACAGGAGGCCAUUCCGAUAUGGCGGCUGCGGGCAAGUGGCUUCUCAUCCAUUUCUCUUUGUUUUCCUUCGCGACCCGGACUUCAGCUUUUAACUUAGACGCAGACAAUGUCCUGAAGAAAACUGGAGACGGGAACAGCUUGUUUGGCUUUGCACUGGCUAUGCACCAUCAGGUGACCCCAAGGAAAGAGCUGAUGUUGCUGGUUGGAGCUCCAAAAGCAAAAGCACUUUCAAAUCAAAAUGCUAAUAUCACAGGAGGAUUGUACAAAUGCCCCAUCACUUCUGCAGAAAGAGACUGUGAACGGGUCAUUUUUGACAAUGAUGCUAACGAUGAUGAAAGUAAGGAAGAUCAAUGGAUGGGUGUAUCUGUGGCAAGUCAGAAAGUGGGAGGAAAGGUUCUGGUUUGUGCACAUCGAUACGAGCAAAGACGGUAUAGGAACACAGCGACAGAGUCUCGUGAAGUGACGGGACAGUGUUAUAUUUUGAGUGAGGACCUGGUUUUCCGGGACUAUGAAUUUGACGCAAAUGUCAAAAUUUGCCAUGGACGUCUUUCAAGUCACAAGAAAUUUGGGAUUUGCCAGCAAGGAGUAGCUAGCACUUUUGGCAAGGACAGCGAUUAUGCUGUAUAUGGUGUUCCUGGUGCCUACAACUGGAAAGGAAUUGUUCAUGUGGAAUUGAGAAGCACUGAUUUCAGUAUCAUUGACGAUGGACCCUAUGAAGUUGGUGAUGAAGGCAUCAGAGAUGAAUCAAAGGUUCCGGUGCCUGGGAACAGUUACCUAGGCUUCUCUCUGGAUUCAGGUAAAGGGAUCACAAACCAGGACAAACUGACUUUUGUAUCGGGUGCACCAAGAGCCAACCAUACUGGGGCUGUAGUUUUUCUCAAAAUGUUACUUCAUUCAAGAAACCUGGAGACUGAACACACUUUGGAAGGAGAAGGACUGGCAUCUUCUUUUGGAUAUGAUGUCGCUGUUGCCGAUCUUAACAGUGAUGGCUGGAAUGAUAUUGUGGUUGGAGCCCCCCAGUUCUUUGACAAAGAAGCAGAAAUCGGUGGUGCUGUCUAUAUUUACAUUAAUCAGAAAGGGGACUGGAGUAACAUAAAGCCCAUUCGCUUAAAUGGCACGAAGGACUCGAUGUUUGGGCUUGCUGUUGAAAAUAUAGGUGACAUUAACAAGGAUGGGUAUGAAGAUAUUGCUGUUGGAGCGCCUUAUUCUGAAAGAGGCCAGGUUUUUAUUUACCAUGGAUCAAGCUCUGGAAUAAAUACAACACCUGCACAGGUUCUUGAAGGGAAACAUUUGAAUGCAGAGUAUUUUGGCUACUCUCUGACAGGGAGAAUGGAUCUAGAUGAGAAUAAUUAUCCCGACAUUGCCGUCGGAUCGCUUGGUGAUUCUGUGUUUAUAUACAGGGCUCGACCUGUUAUAGAUGUUAAGAAGACCGUGACUGUUUCACCUCAAAAUAUUGAUUUUCAAAAAAAGAACUGCAACAAUGGCCAAGCAAUUUGUAUGACUGUCAACGCAUGCUUUCAGUACACGGCUUACUCCAAUACUUACAGACCGAAGAUAACUGUUCAAUACCUGCUUGAUGCUGACACUCAAAGGGGAAAGCCUGAUCGACAAUCAAGAGUUUCAUUUGUUAAAGCAGGGCAGAAUCAAGAUAACCACCAGCUCUCUGGCAGUGUUACGCUGAGGGGGCAAAAUGAGGAGAAGUGUGUUACAGAAAAACUUCAGCUUCGGGAGAAUAUCAAGGAUAAACUGCACCCUAUUUCGAUAGCAGUUGGAGUUACAAUCAAUCAGUCUAAUCGCAAGAAAAGACAAGCUGGUAACCUGCAGAAUCUACUUCCAGUCCUCAGUCAGAGUGAACCUGCAGUUGCAGAGGUACAGUUCUUGAAAGAAGGAUGUGGUUCUGACCACGUUUGCCAGAGUAAUCUUAAAUUAAACUAUCGUUUUUGCUCCAGGAUUGACAAUCAGGACAGGUUUAAUCCUUUACCCAAAGAGAAUGGUGCUCCAGUAUUUAAAUUAAGUGACCAGAAGGAUAUAGUGCUCGAAAUAACUGUUACUAACAAGCCGUCAAAUUCACAAAAUCCUAAAAAGGAUGGGGAUGAUGCACAUGAAGCCCAAUUGAUUGCAACUUUUCCAGAAACUUUAACCUACUCUGCCUAUCGUGAUUUGACAAUAUAUCAGGACAAGCAAUUAAUUUGCUCAGCAAACCAAAAUGGCUCUCAAGCAACUUGUGAUCUAGGUAACCCCUUAAAGAGAGGAUCAAAGAUUACUUUUUAUUUGAUUCUGAGCACUGCUGGAAUUACACUGAACACCAGACACCUUGAUAUCAAUCUACAGCUGAAAACGACCAGCGAGCAGGCUAACCUGACCCCUGUGAUUGCUAAAGCACGAGUGGUGAUUGAGUUGCUUCUGUCUGUAGUUGGUGCUGCAAACCCAUCUCAGGUAUACUUUGGUGGUUCAGUCACAGGCGAGAGUGCUAUGAAAACUGAAGAGGAUGUAGGAAGUUUGAUUCAAUAUGAAUUCAGAAUUAUCAACCUGGGAAAAUCCCUUAAGAAUCUGGAUAAUGCUCGUUUAGUCAUUAUGUGGCCCAAGGAAAUAAACAACAAAAAGUGGCUACUAUAUUUGAUGAAAAUUACUUCUAAAGACAUAGAAAAUGUGGUCUGCACUCCCACAAGUGAAAUCAAUAGCCUCAAACUUCAGGAAUCACUUAAACAAAGCAGGAAAAAAAGGGAAAUCAACAAAGUGGAAUCAGAGGAGAAGUCAAGAGGGACAUUCUCUUUCUUUUCAGAGAAAAGAAAAUAUAAAACUCUGGAUUGUAACCAACACUCAACUGCUCCAUGCAUUAAUAUAAGUUGUCCUCUCAAAGGUCUGGACAGUAGUGCAGUCCUGGUUUUGCGUUCUCGGCUUUGGAACAGUACUUUCCUGGAGGAGUUUUCAAACCUGAACUACCUUGAUAUCAUUGUUAAAGCCAUGAUCGUAGUAGAAUCCAAGGCCAACAACGUGAUGGUUAAAAAUGCAGUAACAGAGGUGCGAGUUACCGUAUUCCCUGAAAAAACAGUAAUCCAGUAUCUUGGAGUUCCUUGGUGGAUCAUUUUUGUUGCUGUUCUAGCAGGAAUUCUGAUGUUGGCACUUUUAAUAUUUUUAUUGUGGAAGUGUGGAUUUUUUAAACGUUCCCGAUAUGAUGACAGUGUUCCACGAUACCACGCAGUUCGGAUCCGGAAAGAAGAGCGAGAACCGUUUGAAGACAGAAAAUGUAACCAGAAAUCGGACAAGAAAAAGUGGCUGACAACUUGGCAAGAAAAUGAGUCUUAUUCCUAAUAUACUUGAAACUUGAGGACUGUAAAGUUACUGCUGGUACUGCAUUACUGUGUGUCGACUCUUUACUGUGCAUUGGCCUCUCUCGGCCUCUUGGAGAGAGUAACUUGGUUACCAGCAAUCUUUUAUUUUGCACAGCACAGCCCUCAGUGUGUCUAUCUGCCUUAUUUUUAAGUACAUUCAGAAUGCCUUUUGGAGUGUGUGAUGUUUUAGUUUGAAAAUCUUUGGCGCAUAAGACGUGCCUUGUUAAAAAAACAAGUGCCCAACAAAGCAUACUCAAAUCAGAACCGGGAAUAGCGUCUGCUCUAGAAUAUUGUUGUGAAUAUUACUUUUAUUGACCAUUCAAAUCAAUAUUUUGUCCAAGGCCUAUUUUGAUCUGAAGUGAUGUGCAAUGGUUGAACACGUAAUUCGAUUUAAUUUGAAUUUCUUUUCACAAACGUUCCUCAGUAUUGCUAGGGCCCAGUUGGUGUGUUCACAAAGACAGGUAACAUUUUGAACCGGGAUUGGAAAAAAUGUACAUUUUUGUAAAUAAUUAUAUUUUAGAAUGUCCUGGUAUUUAUUUUACCAUUUUAGUACUUUCAGAACAGCUAUGUUUUUUCCUCUUUAACAAGAACCAUAAUGACAAUAAUCUGCGCAUUUGAUGUAGCACCUUAUCAUGUCUCAAAGAG